CGCAUGCGCAGUAGCGGUUGGUCUAGGGGAAGCGUCAGUGACAGUCGGUUCUCUGAGAGCUUCUCUGUGUCCCUCUGUCCCCGUGUCUCCUGGUGGACAUUUUGGAGUGAGGAAUUCCAGAAUAAGGACGGAUCAUCUCUGUAAGAUGCAGGUUGCGGUCCCAAGGCGCUGUCACGUGUCCGAGUUUUCACGUUGACCCGUUUUAAACACUUGCAGGUAGGAAGCACGCAGGAGGACGUCCCUGAGGAGUGAUGCCUGUAGAGAGCGGAAACAGCGCAGUCGCCCGUCAAGCCAAGCAGAAGCGCAAGUCUCACAGCCUCUCCAUCCGGAGGACCAACAGCACGGAGCAGGAGCGGCCGUCCAUCCACAGAGACAUGCUGGAGGCUCAGGAUUCCAAGCUGCCCAUGGCACUAAGGAGCACCCUGCUCGAUCUGUUUGGACAGAUUGAACGGGAGUUCGAGAACUUGUACCUUGAGAAUAUUGAACUGAGGCGAGAGAUUGAGUCCCUGAAUGAACGCUUGGCUGGUGAGGGUCAGACUGUGGAUGGAGGAGAUCUGGGGAAAGGAGCUCUGAAGACUAAAGCGAGCCACAGUACGAGUCAGCUAUCUCAGAAGCUCAAGACCACAUACAAAGCCUCCACCAGCAAGCGUUCAAAUUCUUUCCACGGCAAAGUAGGUGGACCCCGAAACUUCAAUGUGGUGAACUGGGAGUUGUGGGGUGGAGAUUCAUGGAUCGUGUCCAGUUUUAAAGCUACCACGUCACGUGCCGUGUGCCAGCUGGUGAAGGAGUAUGUGGGACACAGGGAUGGCAUAUGGGACCUGAGUGUGGCCAGGACACAGCCACUUGUUCUGGGUACUGCCUCAGCAGACCACUGUGCUAUGCUGUGGAGCAUUGAGACUGGGAAGUGCCUGCUGAAAUACGCUGGCCAUGCUGGAUCAGUUAACUCGAUCAAGUUUCACCCCACGGAGCAGAUGGCUCUAACAGCAUCUGGUGAUCAGACAGCUCACAUCUGGCGCUACAUGGUGCAGCUGCCGCUCCCUCAGCCUCCAGCUGACACCAGCGUGUCCCUGGAUGAUGACGUGGAUUUCUCUGAUAAGGAUGAAGCAGAUGGAGACGCAGACGGACCGAACGAGUGUCCUACAGUGCGUGUAGCCAGCACCACUCUGAAGAGCCACCAGGGCGUGGUCAUCGCCGCAGACUGGCUCGUCGGCGGCAAACAAGUAGUUACUGCGUCAUGGGACCGAGCAGCCAAUCUGUACGACGUGGAGACGUCCGAACUCGUCCACACACUCACAGGUCAUGAUCAGGAGCUGACCCACUGCUGCACCCACCCCACCCAGCGUCUGGUAGUCACCUCGUCCCGGGACACCACCUUCCGUCUGUGGGACUUCAGAGAUCCGUCCAUCCACUCAGUCAACGUCUUCCAGGGUCACACCGACACGGUGACAUCAGCUGUCUUCACAGUAGGAGACAACGUGGUGUCCGGCAGCGACGAUCGCACCGUCAAGGUGUGGGACCUAAAGAACAUGCGGUCGCCCAUAGCGACCAUCCGCACCGACUCGGCUGUUAACAGGAUAAGUGUCUCAGCGAACCAGAGGAUCAUCGCACUGCCGCAUGACAACAGACAAGUCCGGCUGUUUGAUAUGACCGGGGUUCGGCUGGCCCGCCUUCCACGCAGCAACAGACAGGGUCAUCGGCGCAUGGUGUGCUGCUCGGCGUGGAACGAGGAGAACCAGGCGUGUAACCUGUUCACCUGCGGCUUCGAUCGACAGGCCAUCGGUUGGAACAUCAACAUCCCUGCUCUGCUGCAGGACAAGUGAACACAAACCCACACACACACACACACACACACACACACACACACACACACACACACACCCGUUCUGUCAUACUUACAUAAACCUUAGGCUUGGUUAAACACACAGACACAGACACACACAGCCAGAUCCUUGCCAUUAGUGUAUUGAUUUUUUUUUGGAGCGCGCUCUCUCUCUCUCUCUCUCUCUCUGUGUGUGUGUGUGUGUGUGUGUGUGUGUGUGUGUGUGUGUGUGUACAAGAUACAGCUCUCAUGAUAAAGAUGUCAGAAAGAACCUCACGCACUGCCAUCAUGACAAUCACACACACCUCCACACAGACUCAUGUCAUGAUUCCAGAGAAUCUGUGCAUGUUUUUCGCUCCUCCUGCAGCAGAUUAGGAGGACUUUACGUUCUUCACCUGAUCCACUUUGUGCACCAAUACGUUGUCGUACACGAGAAAAACGCGUACGAACGCAGUGUUACACAGCAACGUUAAAUCUGCCUAGCAACAAGAAUCCGAUUGGCCCUCAGACGUUUGACUUCCUGUAUUAGUGUAUGAGGGCAAUGCGUUGCCUUUCAUCCCAACACAAGCUGGAUUAUGUCCUCUAGAGGCACAUCCUAAAGCGUUUUAUUCCUCUUAUACCACAGAUUUAUUUUUUUAUCCCUUUAUUGUUACCGUUUAUAGUAGAUCCUUUUCUCAGCACCUUUUAUUUUAUUUUCAAGAACUGGAUGCCAGAGACUCAUGUUCAUGUUAAAUAUUAUACACACACACACACACACACACACACACACACACACACACAUAUAUAUAUAUAUAUAUAUAUAUAGUAUGGGCAAAAGUUUGUGGACACCUGAUCAUACGAUUACAUGCUUCUUUUUGAACAUAACAUUCCACAUCGAGUUCCCAUUUACUCUUUUAAUAACCUUCACCCUUCUGAGAUGUUGUUACACUUGAUUUAUUUUGUGGAGAUUCAUUCAGCUACAAGGGUUUUAGUGACGUCAGGUACUGAUAGAGGUGAGCUGAGGAGACCUGGGGUGUUCAGAGCUCUAUAGUAGGAGAUCUUCCACUUCGAACCUGUGUAAAGCAUAUCUUCAUGGAGCUGGCUUUGUGCACAGGAACAUGUUCGGGUCUCCUGGUUUAAAGUGUAGCAGACAUUUCAAGCCAAAACGCUCGUGUGCCUCCAAAUUAGUGGUAACAAUUUGGAGAAAAUUGACACAUAGCCGGAAAAAUCGGGUGUCCCAAUACUUCUGAUCAUAGCGUCUGUGUGUAUAAAUAGGAUUUAUCGUGUUAUAUAUAAAACAAAUCAGCAUCUGAUUAGCACUCGGGUAUAAUUCUAUAUAAUUUUUCGCCGUAUCGUAUUUAUUUUCGCGUCUCUCACGAACUUAAUCCCAGAGUAAUGACAAGAAAUGUAGAGAAAACACUCAAGAUUUAAACAUCAAGAAUGAUUAUUUUACAGCUCCCCCCCCCCUCUACAUUGUCUCUCAAAUGAUAUAAGCUAAGACUAGAGAAUACAAACUCCAUGCUACAUCGAGUGUGAAAUCUUUUUUUUUUCUUCUUUCCCCUCACCAGAUCCAGUCUGUUACAUUCUCACUCUUUUUAUUAUCAUUGGAUUCAGUUUCUAUGUACAGAGAUUAUUUUACUGUAUAAAAUAUUGCAUUUAUCAUUAAUAGUUACUCUGUGCGUAAAAAAAAAAAAGACAGACGGUUCGGGCAGUACACACACACACACACGCACACACACACUUCCUGCUUAAAAACAGUAUUGCUUUAAUCCGUCUGCAUGAAAAAUCUCUCUGUCUGUCCAAUCUAAAAAAGAAAAAUGCCGUCGUGAUCGCUGUGUGAUUUGAUUCUCCGGACUGAAAAAAAAUGUCCGAUGUGAAACGUGUCGGUGGAGCUUUUAUGCAUAGAAUUAAACAAUGUAACGUGUCAUGUUUUAUUUGGUUCCCGCACACGUUAGAGCCGACAUGCUGGUGUUCCGUAUAGCGCUGUAGGACAAGAGGCUAUAUUAGACGUUAUUGAUAUUGGACAAGACGUUGUGUGGUUAGUCGUCUGUCGCACACUCACACGCUGUCACGUGGACAUUUUCUGGGCUUUGAGUGUUUUCAGAAUACUAUAAAGUAAGUGAGACGUCUGAAUAGAAAUUAUAAUAGUGUAUAAAAGCUGUGAUGGUGGAAAUCUGUAUAGUGACCCUUAGGGAUAAUGUUACAUUUGAACACAUCUGUACCAAAUCAUUUGUACCACAUCUGUACCACAUGACUACACAGUGUAAAUAAAUGUCCUUGUCAGAAAAUGAA